UGGGCGCGAGCGUGUUGCGCAGCCACUGUUGUCUUUGCCGGGUCGUGUAUCGGCGGCGAUCGAGAGAUUCAUCUGAUCCAGGGUCCAGGUUUGUGGCGCCAUCGAUCGAUCACAGCUCGGGGAAAGAUUUCAGGGGAAUGCUAUGACUGUGAUGGAUCAGGGAGAAAUCCGGGUGUUCUUGCGGUAGCAAGCUGGAAAUAUCGGUCAUGGGGAGCUCUAGAAUGGUGUGGAUGACUAGGAAAGUAGCCAUUCUCGAUAUGUACGCGUUUCCACUGGAGGUGCCGCUGGAAGACGCCGCUCUUCUCAACGAUCUAAAGAAGAGGGUGAAGGAGCAGCACCGGCAAUGGUUGUCGAUCGAGGCAAGCAAGGGAGAGGACUGGUAUGUAGAUAGAUUCGCGAGAAAUACUCCAUUCCUGGACCACUUUGCCGCUUAUGCCAAGUCCAAGCAGCUCAAAGGGAUGAUCCGAAAGGGAAUUCCUCCAGCUCUUCGUCCAAAGGUGUGGCUGGCUUCUUCCGGCGCUGCAAAGAAGCGCUCCACAGCUCCCAGGAGUUACUACAACGAUCUCAUCGAAGCAGUCGAGAAUCGAGUCACUCCGGCAACUCGGCAAAUCGAUCAGGAUCUCCCUCGAACUUUUCCGACACAUCCAUGGUUGGAUUCCAAAGAAGGGCAGCAAUCGCUGAGAAGAAUUCUUGUUGCUUACUCGUUUCGUGACUCCCGAGUCGGAUACUGCCAGGGAAUGAAUUUCAUCACAGCGCUUCUUCUUCUAGCGAUGAGGUCGGAAGAGGACGCCUUUUGGAUGCUUGCUGUGUUGCUGGAGGACGUUCUCCACAGCGAUACUUACUCGGACAAUCUCUAUGGUUGUCAUAUCGAGCAAAGAGUUUUCAAGGACCUCAUGAGGCAGAGAAGUCCAAGGCUGGCUGCCCACUUCCAUGAUAUUGGAUUUGACGUGUCGCUAGUCACCACCGAGUGGUUUCUUUGCUUGUUCUCGAAGAGUUUGCCUUCUGAGACGACAAUGAGAAUUUGGGAUGUUCUUUUCAAUGAGGGAGCAAGCAUCAUCUUUACAGUGGCACUAUCAUUGUUUCAGACCCGAGAAGAUCACCUUCUAUGUGCCAGAAAUGUUGGUGAAGCUCUCAGAAUUUUGCACGAUGCAACCCCGAGGCUGUACAACCCCGAUACAGUUCUUAAGGCUGCUUUCGAAGGACUGGGCAUGAUGACAAGUUACACCAUUGCCAAGCACAGAGAGAAGCAAGGAGUGGUUGUUGCAGCCGAGCUACAACAAAAAUUAAGACAAUCCACAACAACUUGUGAUAUUGGCAGUAGAUUGUGUGGUGCUACAGUUCUCUAGAAUUUAAGGAUGAUUGAUCACUUGAUCCAGUGUCAAUCUUUUCCUUGGAUCCAAAA